CAUCAAGCUGCGUGGAGGGAUGGGCUGGUGCAGUGGCCCUGCGAUGGGCACCUUAUCUCCCUGGACGCCAACCUCGCCUGCACCCCUGACAAGUCGCCUGUGGGCACAGCCACGUCGGCUUCAUGCACGGGGAAAUCUCUUUCCUUAAAGUCAGGUGACUUCAUGUACGAGACCCCAAAAGGGAAGGUGAGUCAAGAAACCGUGAAACUCUAA